UCGAACUCUUGACAAAUGACAUGUUUACAAAACAACAAAUUCUACGCCGUGACUUGUUUUAAAUUAAUUUCUUUGUCAGCUGUUUUGCUCAGGGUUAUGUUAAUUAAUAAACAUUAUCAAAUCCGUAAUAAGUUAAAUUUAAGAGUGUAAGAAAAAAUAUGCCCGAAGAUGGAUGCCAUGUUUGAUAUAUGUUACCUUUCGCCUGACGGAAACAAUGUCGAGCCUGAUGAUAUUCCUAAAACAAAGGAUAAUGUGUGGAUAUUAGGGAAAAAAUAUAGCGCAAUCCAAGAUUUGGAUCGUAUUAGGCGCGAUAUAAGUUCUAUAAUAUGGUGUACGUACAGAAAAGGAUUUGUGCCUAUAGGAGACGAGGGUUUGACGUCGGACAAAGGAUGGGGUUGUAUGUUGCGAUGCGGACAGAUGGUGCUCGGUGUAGCACUAGUCAGGGUUCAUCUUUCGUCUGACUGGGUGUGGACGCCAGAAACUAGGGAUCCAACAUAUUUGAAAAUAGUCCAAAGGUUUGAGGAGAGGAAACAAGCUCCAUAUUCAAUUCACCAAGUUGCUCUCAUGGGUGCAUGUGAGGGAAAGGAUGUGGGCCAGUGGUUCGGACCCAAUACUGUUGCACAAGUACUCAAAAAACUAGUUGUAUAUGAUAAAUGGAGCUCAUUAGUGAUACACGUUGCACUCGACAACACUGUAGUGAAAGAAGAUAUUUUAAAACAGUGCAUAGUGAACAAUGAUAGAGGAGACACCUCAGAUACUCCGGACAACCUGAUAGUGUCAGAUUGGAUGCCUCUCUUGUUAAUAGUGCCCCUCAGACUUGGACUUAGUGAAAUUAAUCCAGUUUAUGUUGAUGGAAUAAAGACAUGCUUCGAGUUGUCGCAAUCGAUCGGCGUGAUAGGCGGCAAGCCCAACCAGGCGUUGUACCUCAUCGGCUGCGUCGGCGACGAAGUCAUCUACCUGGACCCGCACACCACGCAGCGGUCAGGACUAGUUGAGAAUAAAUUGAGUGAUGAGCAGAAAGAAAUGGACUGCACAUACCACUGUAAAUACGCCUCGCGAAUACCCAUGCUCUCUAUGGACCCCUCUGUUGCUGUGUGUUUCCUGUGUCGGACGAGGAGUGAUUUCGACGAGUUGUGUAAAACCAUAGAAACGAAGUUAAUGAAAGAGAGUCAACCGCUGUUUGAGAUCUGUGAUAAACGCCCGGCGCACUGGGGACCUUGCACCAACGAUAUAGAUUUACAAAACACCACACUUUUUACAGAAUUUGAAGAAGUCGAUAGACAGUUUGAUGAUUCGGACGACGAAUUCGAGAUUCUAUGAAAAUGUCGCCUUACUGCUGUAUGGAGAACUGUAAGAGUAUGUUAUACUAUAUUCAGGCAAGUUAGUUGAUAACACUCCCAUGAUAUGCGGGCGUCGUGGGUCUUUCAUUCAUCGCUACACGCCCCCGCCCCGCUCGCUACAGCGGGAAUGUUACGAACGAAGUUGCCAAGCUAUAGAACUCACAUCACAUCACAAUCUUAUGUUUUAUAUAUUAUUUUAUGUAAUACAUAUGUUGACUGUAUGUUAAUUUAUGCAAUUUAAAAGCAUUUUAUGUUAUAUAUUUGUUUAUUAUAGAAUAAGUAGGUAAAUUAUAUGCCUACAUUGUUUUAUAUUCUAUCUAUACUAAUAUAAUAAAGUUGUAUAGUGUUUGUCUAAGGAGCGCAUAUAUUUGAAAUUACCCGAUCAAUGACAGUGCCCUGCACAAGUAUUUUAACUAGGGAAUGCACUAUACGUACAAAUCGUACAAAAUGGGGAAUAGGCUACUCGCCUGCUGUACAAAACUAAGAAGAUUUUUGCAUACAGGCAGCUUAGACGCCUAGAAACUCUAAUCAGAUUUUUAUUUGUGAAAAUAAUCUUGUAAUUGUAAUUUGUAAUAUUUUUAUAAAACAAAAUUGUAUUUUUGUCACGUCACCGCAAACAUAUUAAACUAACGUUAUUCGCUACAAGCCAUCGGUUUGUGAUUGGCGCUUGCGGUGACGUGAUAUAUCACAUCACUGCAAACGCCAAUCACGUUGUUAUCUCUAUGAAUGACGUCACUUGCUAAUGUGUUGUGUUUCGGCGAAAAAAUUUUACGUAGAUAUUUUUUCAUUAAUAUUAUUUUUUUUUUGCUGGUUAUUAUUGACGGGACAAAAUAAAAUAUAGCUUAUAAUACUUUCAUAAUUCAUUUUAAACACUAUUUACAAAAGAGGCAAGUAGCCUAUUCCUUCCUUAAUCUAGGUUCGUAAUGAACCCUUAGGGUAGGCAGUGCAUUUUUGCGUAUAUGAAGCGCAUCCAACUGAUCAAUGAUGGUCGUGUAUAAAAUUCUUAUGCAUUUUGAGGCAAACAAGUCAUUAUUAUUUUAUAAUUUUGUUAAUCUGUUCACGCUAAUCUCUGAAACUACUAAAACGAUUAUAAUCAUGUUUAUCAUGGUAUAUUCCCAUAUACAAAUGUAUUAUUUUUAGGAAUUAAAUGAAGAGAUUUUUUCUUGUGUUCUAUUAUAUCCAGAAAUUUCUUUUGAGGUUAUUUAUUAUUAUAUUUUAUCGGCCUGAGCUCCUAAUGUAAGUUUUCAAUGUAAACCUGAUGUAACAGUGGUUAACUAAAGUAUGAAAUAAUAGAAGCAUACCUUUUUAUAAGUAAGCAAUAUUGUAAUAAUGCGACAUAUUGUAAUUUAUAAAAAUUAUUUUGUUAUUUUCCGCCAUUUUUUUUUUUAGAAAAUACCAUCAAACCAGUUCAGUUCAGAGAAUUUAUUAACGACUAUAUUAAAUUGCAAAAUUUUGCAACCGUGCUUGUAUUUCGAACAAAUUCUUUGUAGUAAAAUAAAGGGGAUGAUGACUAGGUUUGAAUAUAUUGAUUUUAAUGAUACAUUCGGGUAAAUAAGGUCAAUGUUAACUAAUUUAUACAUAAAAAGCAAAGAUUGACUGGAUAAUAAAUAAAAAUAUUUUAUCGUAAUUAGAUGAAAUUCAUACAGUUUUAGCUUCCUUACAUUAAAUGUGACAUUUUUUAAUAAAUGAACUAUAAACAUAAACGCAGAAAUAACAAAGAUAUUAGUCAUUUUGUUUAAACGCCCAUACAAAUCUAACGAUCAUUAAUUACCUACGUCGUCGACGUCAUAAGAUCGUACCAUUUUGUAUGGGGCGUUUUUCAGGGAUCCGCGGCAGCGCCGCAAAUCUGACGCUUUAAAUCCCUGUAGCUCCGAAAGUAAUGAUCGCAGAUACCCUGUUACUUUUACAAAAUUGCUUUAAUAUUAGCAUACUCUUAAUUUAUAUACAAUUUAAAAAAAAUGUCAUCAUCCCUAUUAUUGACACUGACCAUGUAGGCAUCUAAAUAAAUGAAAGUGUAUAAAAUAGACAUUAGGUAGCUAUAUCAAUAUGACAAAAUAUUUUUCCACUCCCAUUUCGUAAUUUACUCGAUAUAAAAUUUGAAACCAUAAUACAAAGCUAUUCAUUCCUACAGGUCGUUUGUUAAUAUUCAUUACCACAGCUGUGCUACAAUGAUUUUUUUUUAAUUUUCAAAUUUGUCCAUGACUACAAAAAUUCACGUUUCCAUAUUUAAGUUUUCAUAUUUAAGAGUUCGCGUUGCGUGGCUGACGGAACGUAAACAACGUACGUACUAUUUGCGCGCCAUUUUAAUUUCAUCUGCAUUAAAUCAGUUAUUAAAUUCAAUAGAAAACCCACCCAUGAAGUUAAAAAAAACUAAAAACAUAGUCUCGUCCAGCGCAAGGAAAUUCUUCUAUACCCACAACAAUUAUUACAAUACACUUGUGCUGUGCACACCGCACAUAAAUCAGUCAUACAAUGACCUCAUUACAUGACAGUGGCAUAAAUAAUUAUAUUACAGUGCCUUGAAAACAAAUAAUUUUAAUAUGCAAUAGCUUUGUGCUUUGUAAUAUAGGUAUUUCUUUUUAUGAUAUUUGAAGACAUUUUUGCCUUAAUAUUGCUAACUCUAGUCAUGUAUGAUAUUAUGCUAAAUUUAGCUUCUCUUAACGCUUUCUAGAUGCUCUCACUAAUGAGAAAAUACUUAUACAAACAAACAUGAAAUAGGUAGCUAAUGUUAAAAUGAAUUAAUCAAUUUGCUGCCACAAAGUAAAAUAAGUACAUAUACUUUUAUGAAAUAUCUACUCACAUAUCCCGCCCUUGAUUUGUAUGAUAGAAUGUAUAUCGAUGUUUUAAGUA